AAAAAGGAGGUCGUGAGCGGUCCCCGGGACUGCGGCGCUCGGCGUCUUAAGACUGCGCGCGUGCGGCGGCCUCGCCCGGCGCCUCGCUCUCCAGCGCGCCGCCUGCAACCUCCGCAGCGCAGCCGGGCGGCGGCGCGGCCCAGCGGCCGGAGGUCCGAGCGGCGGCGCGCAGUCCGGCUCCACGAGCCUCCAUGACAUUGGGCGCCCGGGGCGCGCGGAGAUGCUGAUCCGGAAGAGGCAGUGGCUGCAGUGCAGCGCGCGAGGCUGCUCACGCGCCGCGGUCCGGCCUGGGCUCCUGUGCCAGAGUUUCUGAUCACACCCGAACCGGGACCCCAGGAGGCUGGAUCUCCAGCACAGAGCAGCGGCGUCGGCGGCGCCCCAACUUGCACGCGCGGAGUGACCCCCAGACAUCUCACUAAAAUGAGCGUGCUUAGCAGGAAGAGAUGUGUUCCCUACACUAGAAAUUACCCCGUCACAUGUAGUGGUAGCGACUGCCUCCAUCCCUGUCUCAAAGUGGGUCUUCAGCUGAGAAGACAGACACGUGGGCAACUGGACAGAACCAGAGUCCCAAUUAAUGGAUUCUGACAUGGAUUAUGAAAGGCCAAACGUAGAGACCAUCAAGUGCGUGGUGGUGGGCGACAACGCCGUGGGCAAGACCAGGCUCAUCUGUGCCCGGGCCUGCAAUGCCACCCUCACCCAGUACCAGCUUCUUGCCACCCAUGUGCCCACAGUGUGGGCCAUUGACCAGUAUCGAGUAUGCCAGGAGGUGCUAGAACGCUCCCGAGAUGUGGUAGAUGAUGUCAGCGUCUCCCUGCGCCUCUGGGACACCUUUGGAGACCACCACAAAGACCGGCGAUUUGCUUAUGGAAGAUCUGAUGUGGUGGUUCUGUGUUUCUCCAUUGCCAACCCCAAUUCCCUCCACCAUGUCAAGACCAUGUGGUACCCAGAAAUCAAGCAUUUCUGUCCCCGAGCUCCUGUCAUUCUGGUGGGCUGCCAGCUGGACCUGCGCUACGCUGAUCUGGAAGCCGUUAACAGAGCCAGGAGACCCUUGGCUAGGCCCAUCAAGCCCAAUGAGAUCCUGCCCCCAGAGAAGGGUCGGGAAGUGGCCAAGGAGCUGGGGAUCCCUUACUACGAGACCAGUGUGGUGGCCCAGUUUGGCAUCAAGGACGUCUUUGACAACGCCAUCCGGGCUGCCCUCAUCUCCCGCCGCCACCUGCAGUUCUGGAAAUCUCAUCUGCGCAAUGUGCAGCGGCCCCUACUGCAAGCACCCUUCCUGCCCCCCAAGCCACCGCCCCCCAUCAUCGUGGUGCCCGACCCCCCCUCCAGCAGUGAGGAGUGCCCCGCCCACCUCCUGGAAGACCCGCUCUGUGCUGAUGUCAUCCUGGUGCUGCAGGAGCGCGUGCGCAUCUUUGCCCACAAGAUCUACCUCUCCACCUCCUCCUCCAAAUUCUAUGACUUGUUCCUCAUGGACCUGAGUGAGGAGGAGUUGGGGGGCCCCUCAGGGCCAGGGGGCCCCCGCCCAGAGGACCACCGGAGCCACCCUGAGCAACACCACCAUCAUCACCAUCACCACCAUGGGCGGGACUUCCUACUCCGGGCAGCCAGCUUUGAUGUGUGUGAGAGUGUGGAUGAGGCCGGGGGCUCCGGUCCUGCCGGCCUCCGGGCUUCCACCAGUGAUGGGAUCUUAAGGGGUAAUGGAACAGGGUACCUGCCAGGCAGGGGGCGUGUGCUUUCUUCUUGGAGCCGAGCUUUUGUGAGUAUCCAGGAAGAGAUGGCAGAGGAUCCUCUGACCUUCAAAUCCCGGCUGAUGGUAGUGGUGAAGAUGGAUAACUCCAUUCAGCCAGGGCCCUUCCGGGCUGUUCUCAAGUACCUGUACACAGGGGAGCUGGGUGAAAAUGAGCGGGACCUCAUGCAUAUCGCCCACAUUGCUGAGCUGCUAGAGGUCUUUGAUCUACGUAUGAUGGUGGCCAACAUUCUCAACAACGAGGCCUUCAUGAAUCAGGAGAUCACCAAGGCCUUCCAUGUCCGCCGGACCAACCGGGUUAAGGAGUGCUUGGCAAAGGGCACCUUCUCAGAUGUGACCUUCAUCUUGGAUGAUGGGACCAUCAGCGCCCAUAAACCCCUACUGAUUUCCAGCUGUGACUGGAUGGCUGCCAUGUUUGGGGGGCCAUUUGUGGAGAGUUCUACCAGGGAGGUGGUGUUUCCGUACACAAGCAAGAGCUGCAUGAGGGCUGUGCUGGAGUACCUCUACACAGGCAUGUUCACCUCCAGCCCGGACCUGGAUGAUAUGAAGCUCAUCGUCCUCGCCAACCGCCUCUGCCUGCCGCACUUGGUGGCCCUCACAGAGCAGUACACAGUGACCGGGCUGAUGGAGGCAACCCAGAUGAUGGUGGACAUCGAUGGGGACGUCCUUGUGUUCCUGGAAUUGGCACAGUUCCACUGUGCCUAUCAGUUGGCCGACUGGUGUCUCCACCACAUCUGCACCAACUACAACAACGUGUGCCGCAAGUUCCCACGAGACAUGAAGGCCAUGUCCCCAGAAAACCAGGAGUACUUCGAGAAGCACCGGUGGCCACCAGUCUGGUACCUGAAAGAAGAGGAUCACUAUCAGCGCGCGCGGAAAGAACGCGAGAAAGAGGACUAUUUGCACCUGCGGAGGCAGCCCAAGCGGCGGUGGCUGUUCUGGAACAGUCCCUCAUCACCGUCCUCCUCAGCAGCAGGCUCGGCGUCCCCAUCCUCCUCCUCGGCUGUGGUCUGAGAUGCUGCCACCCUCUUCUGAUCCUGCUGCUGUUGUCCUCAUUAGCCCUUAUCCCUUCUGCUCUUCUUUAUCAUCCUCUCCACCCGACAGGGACGAGGGAACUCACCUAACCAGGGCCCUAAGGGCAGAGCUGUUCUCACCAGCCAAUAUGGCUCAGGCCAAGAGGAGCCAGGGCCCUGCAGAUCAGAACAGGGUCCACCUACAAUUCCAGGCAGGGCAGGGAAGCAUCUGCUCCGAGGUGGGGAGCAGGAAAAGAACUCAGAGCUCUUGAUAUCCUCUCUCUGGACUUGACAAUAGAGUCAACGGAAGAAAGCUUCCCUGUACAUGGGCUUGUCUGUUUUGGUCUCUGCUUUGGCCGGGGAGGCAGCUCCCUCCCCAGGAGCUGGUCAUGUUUUUUCCACCAGCACACUUGAGGGUUGCAAGUAUUCUGUGAGCAUUGUCCUAUGGGCUUACUCAGAUCCCGCUUGAGAGGUCAGGGUGGAAAAGAAGUCUGCAGAGCCCGUAUCAAGGCUUCUGCACCCUGCCAUGUGGCUGCUGGGGCGGGGCGGGGCGGGGGGCGGGGAAUGGAGUACACUGCAUCCUGCUAGCCUCUUUUCAGGGCUGCAGGCAAUGCAGCCAGACCUACUGGUGGGCGGCAGCCCUGAUGAGGGUUCAGGUUUGUAGGCAAUGAGCCUUCUACUUCGGCCCUCCCGCACUCCUCACAUGUGGACAUGAAAGGAGGAGGAGGAAGGGUGGGUUCUCUGCUCAGCAAGCCCAUGCUCCUCUAGGCUUCUUCCCCUGUCUCUGGGUGGCACUGCUUUUUAUGGGGUGAGGCAAAAGUAGCCCAACAAAUGAAAACCAAACUCAAAAGAAAGUCACCACCAAGACCACUCUAUCCUUUGGGCACUGCAGUCCCCCCCACCCCCCAAGAAAGAAUGAAGUUCCAAAAAGAAAGCCUGGAGAGAAGACAUUUACAAAGCUGAAGGGGGCCUCUAUAAUAAGGUGGAUAUGAAGGGUCGGUAGUACCAGCCACUCCAAUGCCUUUCAGGAGAGGGCUGGUCCCCUCCAUAUCUGAGGAUGCUGUUGCCCGAGGCGGGAUGUACACAGAGCAUGUGCUUUCGGGGAUGUGGGUGGGUGGGGUGGGAGGCUUUUGGCAGGGGUUAAAUGCCAGGAAAGGACACACUGGAGAACAGGCCACACAGCUCACCCUGGUUCUGGUUGAGGAUCAAGGGAGAGCUGGGCAGGAAGGAAAUGUUAGUCCAGAGAGGAAUCUGGGUGACUGGAGAAAGAACACAAUAGCUUGAAGCCCCCAUGGAACAAACACUGGGCCUCAGUUGGCCCUUUCCAUUUCCUAAUUGUGAUCCAUACUUCACCACCUUUUAGCAUGUUUUAGGCUUAUGAGGUAAAGUCCCACGAGGCAGUAGGAAGUACUUACUGACUGAUCCCCGGGACCUAGAUCGGUUGCUUAGGUCUGGGAUUAAAGCAAACCCAGAAGCAAAGGCAACCCUCCAACUGUGUGGUACCGGGACCUAGAGUUCUGAUCUUGCUUUGUCAGGAGAAACAGGCAGGUCUCCCAGAGUGCUGAACUUGGGAGCCUGGACCCACCAAGACUGCAGCUGCCUCUUGGUCAAAUCCUCCAGAAUUGCUGGCUGGGGAAGCGUGUUGUGUGCUGCCCUCUGCUGGCUAGUGUGCUCUCCUGCAGCUGAGCUCUAAAAGCUUCAAGCGUGAAGAUGAGGAGUCUGUAAGCCUGGAAAAGGCAGAGCCUCUCACACCUUCCUUUGAGGACAGAGUUAGGGGUACAUCUCUUGGGAGCUGCAGGUAAUAAGUAGAGUCCAGUCCUAAAGAGCAAGGAGAAUUGGGUCUCUCAGUCGAGCAGCCUGGGCAUUCACUAGUGAUGAGGAUGAACAGGGACAGGCCAGUGGGAGAAAGUGAAGAUUUGUGGAGUUGGUGGAAGUCCAAGGAAGACCAUGCCCCCCCAGCCAGGCCAGUUCACCCCUCAGGGACCCACCUCCCUACCCCCCACAGCUGUCAGAGCCAGUGUGCACCAGGUGGAGCCCUACAGCCUAGUAGAAGCACCCAGGGGGACUGAGUGAGCCAGGAAAGGGGAGGUGCACAUUGCAGUCCCAGUCCAUGGGUGCUCUGGAUUCCAGGGAGACAGAAGCAGGAGACACUCCAGUGGGGGGCAAGCCUCUGGCAUAAAAGCCCCCCUGUCAGGGGGCGGGCAGUGACAGAAGAACAAGCUCCCCUGGACUGGACUAUGUCCCUCAGUAUUGUCUUAGAUGGGGGCAAAAACAAAUGAACAACGACAACAACAAAACCCCACACCUUUUUAUAUAAGGUUUCAUAUUUAAUUUGGUCAUGAAUUCAUAAUACAUGAGUAUUUUGUACCUAA